AUGCACGAGGCUGCGCACGCGGUGCUGGCCACGCCGUCGUCCCUCAGCAGUUACCCAACAUACACGCCUCCCCCACCGCUCCCCAGGAAGGCGGACGCGGUGUCUCCGUUAGCAGUACCGCCAUCACCACCAACCGCGGAAGCAAAGACAGCAACAUCUCAGCGUACGUUCCAUGAGGAGUGUAACGAGUUGCUACGCGUCAUGAAUGAGGACGCAGAGGGCGGUGUUGCGUGUGUAGGGCCAAAGAAGAUGCGCGAGAAGUGCCGCGCCAUUCUCAGCGAGGUGGAACAUCUCAACCGCCUGCUAGAGGUGACUGUAGAGGAGCGCGAUGACAUGGAAGGGGAGCUGCGCGGGCAGCUGCUGCAUGCUGAAAUGACCAUCCGCGAGCAGACGCAGCUGCUGGAAGAGAGGAACGAGGAGCUGCUUCAUCUGCGCGGGGCCGUGGCGCAGCUGACGGCGCGGUUGGAGGUGGCGCAGCAGCAGCAGAAGCAACAACCGCAACAAAAGCAACCGCAGCAGGUGCCUCGCACAGACUCACGCGAUGCUGACGACGGACGGGGAAGCAGAGGCGGCGAUGAUGGCGUCGGCAGGGCUUCCGGCAUCAUCUCAGCCCCCGUUGUGGAGUUCUCUGAUGAGGCACACGAUAAUGACCGUGACGUCACACGCAAUAAUAACGGUGACGGAAAAGAGGAGGAAGGGGAUGUGUGUGUGAAUGUGGGCACCGAAGGUGUUGCUAUCGUGUGCCGUGUUGCGCAGAACGCGCUACGGUGGGUGAAGUUCCUGCUGGGGCGGUGCGUUUCCGACGGCGCAGAGGAUGACGGAGGCAACACCGCGCCCCUGCUGCCGCUGCUUCACGAACUGCAGCAGCGCAUCGCCGGUCCGGACGUCGACGCGGCGGCGGUACGGGUGCUCUGCGUGCAGCUAUCAAACGGCGUGGCCGAGGCGGCAGCGGUGCGCGCCCCAAGUGCGAGAUGCGACGCGCACGUACGGGAAGAGAAGCUGCGGCAGCAGGUGGCGGCCCUUGAGGCGGAGCGCGACGCUCUCCGGCAGCGUGCAAGCGUCGUCGCGGAGGAGAACGUGCUACUGCUGCGCGAGCUCAAGGCAUGUGAGUACCCUGCGCAGCACACCACCACCACGCCGCCGCCGCUGCCAGCGCAGAUGAGUCAGCUAGAAGUGCAGAACGCGAUGCUGCUGGCUGAGCGGGACCGUCAGGCUGUAUUCAUUGAGGAGCUAGAGCAGCAGUUGCGGCAGUUAGAAGAGGAAAAAAUUGCGCUUCACAGCACUGUUAAGCUUCAGGCGGAGUCGCUGCAACGUCACGAGUGUGCCCUCGAAUUUCUCUCACGUCAUGAGUUUGGCGGGGGUGGACGGGCACAGACAUCCUUCAAGUGA